CCCUCCCCAGACCAGACCUGCUGGGUUCUCCCAGACCAUCACGUUUUAAAGGCAAUCAUCUCGCUUGCUGUGCCAGGUUCCUCAGCCGCCCGCCGAAACGCCGUCGCCCGUGCCGUGUGUCUGCUUGCCUGAGCUUCCUCGUCGCUGUGGUUGCCAGCCAGUCGCCAGUCUUCGCACAGCCCGGAUUCCGUCGACCGCGCGAUCCUCAACCUCCGACCUCAUCCAUCGUGGGUUCUCGUCCUCCUCCACCUGGCUGUCGACGCCCUUCGUUGCGCUCCCAAGCAACCCCUGGUUCGCCUUGCCGCUCACUGCCCAAUCUCGCCCUGUCUUCGCGCCGAGGCCCGUCCAGUCGACUCCCUAAUUUCGCGUCCUCACGCACCGUCCGUCACCAACAGCGUCUGUGUUUUCCAUUGCCCGUUACUUGUCCUCCUUUCCCCGGAUCGAGACAUCGGACGUCUCUCUCUCUCGCAUAAACGCCACCUCUCCGGAGGGCCGACGUUCUCAGUGCCACGGGGCUGGGCGCUCUGGAGUCGACGGUGACCCCAAGACACCAUGUCCGACACUGUCGUGCCGUCAAACCCAGCCGCCGAGGUCCAGCCUGAGAAGGGCCCGAGUCAUUCCGACAUGAAUGGAAAAGACGUCGAUCAUCAGCUGCAUUCGGAAGAUAGGGGAUCAAAGGGCGGCCGCAGCCUGCUAAAGGUGCCAUCUAGGUCGUCAUCGCAACAGCGAAACCAAUCUUCGGUAGCAACCACUGGUCUCAGUGGAGCCACCGUCACCGAUCACCGGAAUAGCAUAAGCGGACGGUCCAAGGAAUCCAAGGGUAGCUUCGCAGACCACCAACGCAAUGGGAGCGCAUCGAGCAAUCGCACUGGUGGUGAAAGCGAACAAGGGAACACUGUCGGCAACUCCCAGCCGAGCUCGCCGUCCACCACCGAUCAAAAAAGGAGGAAGAAACGCGGGGGCCUGCUGUCGCUACUGGGAUGCUGCGGCGUCCCGGAUGAGGCGAAUGCGGUUGACGAAGGAGGCGCGGAGAACGUGCACAAGGUGGAAAAGCUGCCACAGCGGCCCACCACGUCAAAGUCACGGCCUCCGGGCUCCCAAGAGCACCAGCCUACCAAGCAGCCGAACGAGAAAGAGGCGCAACACCCUGUGGUUUUGACAGAGGCCUUGCCCCCUGCGGUCACCGUCGAACCGCCCAAGUCCGAGACCCAGGGGGCCUCCGCCCCGGAGGGCGACAACUCGCACGAGGAUGAUGGCGAUGUUGGCAUGCAGGACGCGCCCCCGUCGGAAGAGUUACCAGAACCGUCUACAGCUGCUGAAGCCGCGGAGCCUCAGCAGAAGACGGUGCCGCCGCCGCCGCCGCCUGGCCCUAGCCCAGCUAUCGCCACGCCCCUUCCCCUUACCGAAGCAGCGUCGCCCGCGCCAGAGCCGCAGAAGUGGCUAUUGCCCGCUAUCGCGCCAGAGCACAAGGGUAGAAAAUGCUUGGUGUUGGACUUGGACGAAACGUUGGUCCACAGCUCGUUCAAGAUUCUUCAUCAGGCAGAUUUCACAAUACCUGUCGAGAUCGAGGGCAAUUACCACAACGUGUACGUCAUCAAGCGACCUGGCGUGGACGAGUUCAUGAAGAGGGUCGGCGAACUCUACGAAGUUGUUGUCUUCACAGCGUCGGUGUCUAAGUAUGGCGAUCCGCUGCUGGACCAAUUGGAUAUACACAAGGUCGUGCACCACCGUCUCUUCCGCGAGAGUUGCUACAAUCACCAGGGGAAUUAUGUGAAAGACCUCUCACAAGUCGGACGCGACCUCAAGGACACUAUUAUUAUCGACAAUUCGCCCACCUCUUAUAUUUUCCACCCGCAGCACGCAGUGCCCAUCAGCAGUUGGUUCUCAGAUGCCCAUGACAACGAGCUGUUGGAUCUUAUCCCCGUUCUCGAGGACUUGGCCGGCCCCAACGUGUCCGACGUCAGCCUGGUACUCGACGUCACGCUUUGAGAUACGGAACUGGACACGAUUUUGAUGUUCGUUUUAAUCGAUCAACCCGAGUCGCCAUGACGAGAGCCAACCCCCGACUUGCAGUAUUGUCAACAUAGCGGAAGGCGUUUGGUUGAGAACUUUCGUUUCCUCGUGUAGAUGUACUACUGUCUAAUCUUACAUAAUCGGCCUGGGCAGUAGAAUCGCGAUUCCGCCCCCAUCUCUUCGGCUCGACGUUUUUCUGACCGACAGCGAGCGGGAGCUGGCCACUCGCCCGAUAGCCAGCUCCUGACGGACUAUUCCAAAAAUGGCCAAGCAUCUCUACAUCGAAAGGAGGAUUCGGAAACAUGAAGAUAUGGAACGGGGAUCAGCGAAAAUGAGCGCAUGGAACAGCAAAUUUGGAGCGAAGGCGGGCCAUUAUUCCCCUCCACAGAUCUGAAACCACGGCCUAGGCUUUGGCGCGCAUUUGGCAGCGUAUCGACCAGGUAGACGCAGAGUCGUCGCACGAUGGGGCCGAGCCCCCUCAUGGCCACGGUCGCAAGAGAGUUGCGAGCUGGAACCGGCGGCUGGUAAUCUGGAGUCCGCCCAGACAACUCAAGCGUUGUUUUAGUUGCACUAGCAAUUCCCUUUGUCAGUUCAUUCGCGUCUUUGUAUCUUCUCCCUCUUCCACUUCGCUUCGUUUUUGGAUUGUACAUAUACCAAGCGCGCCUGCUAGCAGGCUCGGGACAAAGGGGCCUGGAUUUUGGGUUGAUGAAAGGGGGGUCUGUCGACUUAGAUGCAGCAUGACCGCAGCGGAAGAUUGAGGGUGAUAGGCAACCCUCCCGUCAUAUAUAGUCUCCCCCAAACUGUAAAAGCGGAUGAAGGACGCAUUCUCGUUC